AUGGACGACGUUUAUCAAUAUACAGCAGAGGCAGUUAAAGCGAAUAAGAACAGCAACACACACAAUGUUCAAACAGAGCAAGAAGAGGAAGAGGAUCCACUUGUGAAUGCCUUCAACAAUUUCGGCUUUGGUCGCCGAUGGAGCAACCUUGUUGAUUCAGUGAAAAAGCAGAGCGAACAAGUGAUAAACGUUACGCGAAACGACCUUCAAGAGUUUGCACAAGUGCUGCGUGAGGAUACGACACAAACGGUUGAGAAGCUAUCCAAGACCGUGGCAGCAGCAACACCACCUACCUCUCCAACCAGCACCACGAAUACGAAGGAUAUCAAAGGCAAAGGCAAAGCAACGGCUGUAUCACAACAUGAGGAGGAGGAGAAGGAGAAAAGUGAAGCCAACAACACAACAUCCGGUGUAUGGAACUAUAUCAACCAGAUUUCAUCUCAACUACCUUCAGCAAUCCAUUUGCCUGGCAACAUCGAUCUUGGACGGCUGCGUGAAGAAAUGGAUCAGGGUACCCGUUUUGCUGAACAAUACAUGCAAAAGUUUGGAACUGAAGUCAUGCAAACCCUCAACAAAACCAUCACUGUGCUGGAUCCAGAGGACGAUCAAUCGACAACCACCAAAGGAAAACAACCAGCCGAGCAACAUGAUUCAACUAAUCAACCAGCAUCAUCUGCCCGUGUUUUUGCAAGCCGUAAAGAUCAACUCUUGGCCGAGAUGCGAUCGAAUGAGGAUACUUUCUUGAAAGAUGUCAAAGAUGCGAAGGAUAUGGAGCGAUUUGAUGCUGAGGAACGAACCGAAGAGAUCGCAAAGUUGCUUGAAGAAUACCCUGAACUGCGGCAAAUGAUGGAUGAGCUUGUACCGGUCAAAGUAAGCUAUGUGCUCUUCUGGAAACGCUAUUUCUACCACGCAUGGAAGAUUGAGGAAGAUGACAAAAAGAGGCAACUCAUCACCAAAGCCGCACAAGAAGAGGAUGAUUUCAAGUGGGAUUCAGAGGAUGAAGAUGAGGAACAAACUCCCAAAGAUACCAGUGACAAUGCGAACAAGCAACCAAAGAGCGCCAACAACAAUGAUCCAAAAUCAGCAGGAAAAGACAAUGAUGUCGAUAAGCGAGAGGAUAAACCAGCGGAUCAGAAAGAGGACUCUAGCGAUGAUAGUGAUUGGGAAUAA